CCUGUCGUAGUGAAGGUGCACUGAGGUUUCAGUUGACUCUUUUGUCCCACAUCCAUGAUGUUGAUGCUGGCUUUUGUUUCUGCAGCCCUGCUGCUGGUGACUACUGGAGCUCAAUGUGACAAGAUUGAAAUGUUUCCUGUUCAUUUGGUGGUGAAGAACAGAUUAUUGAACAUUCCCAUGGUGAACUACAGCACUGAAAUUGCUUAUCGAGGGAUCCUACUGGGGGCAAUGACCAGGUUGAAGAACUCCAAUGCAGGCUUCAAGUUCACUUACAAAGAAGACCCAAACUAUGGUCCCUACCUGGUAAGUGUGAAUGGUGUGGCUGAGAACAAAGAAGACCGUACCUUCUGGGAGCUACUGGCCCCCAACAAAACAACUGGUGAAAUUAUGAGAACCGAUGUUGGGAUUGGAUGUUACAUUCCAGAUCCGCAUGAGCAAAUCAUCCUGAACUUUACAACUUGGUGAAGAUUCAGCAGAUGAUUCAACAUCAGCAUGGCCUCAUCGCUAGUUUCACAAUCGGGUUAAUGCAUUUUAACAAUCAGGGAAGGGCAACCGUGAUUAUAAAGCGCACUAAUAAUUUUAUUUGUACCAUCUCAUGGGCAGGCCAAGUAUUAAAAGAG